AUGCCGGCCGUGGUGACGCCCAAUCCACUGGUUCCACUCACUCAGCCCAUGGGAAGUGAUGAGUACUCAAAGAUCGCAGCGGCCGUCGCGGCCAUGCAGAACGCCAAUAAUACCCUGAACGGCGGCCUCACUUCCAGCACUAAUCCUCAGGGUUUGACGUCAAUUUCGGAUUUAUCGUCCAGCGCGAUCAACUUGCUGUGUGCGAAUGUGAAGCAAGAACCGACGUGUAAGUUUACAACAUCCAACCGGGGAUUUACAACGUUAAACUAUGCGAUUAUACUUUAGGUUUUACAUAAAGAAUAGGGGUAAAUUACACAAACAGAGAUUUAUGAGAUUAUAAUAGAACACUUAGCCAAAGCCAGAGGUCAAAAAAAGCUACUAGGGAUUCAUGAGCUACACGUAAAAUCAUGAAAUCUUCAAGAUAAGACAGGAAAGUUUAAGGAUUAGCACAUACACCUUUCAACCAAGGAUAAUCACACUUUUAACGUAGGAUAAACUCUUCCAAAGUAAACUUUUAACCAAGGAUAAUACAGUCUUCAAGGAUAAGCACCCACUUACGUCUACACAAGAUUAGGCUUUCAAUGGCUUCAUAAAUCUUUAUGAAUUGUUUUAGACGCCACGAAGGAGGAAUUAAUGGCCAUGGUUUCCAAUACGGAAUUUCUAAAUCAACCUAACCACUGGUUAUUAAACAAAGCCCUCACGUUGGGCACGAUAGCCAAUGUAAGUCAACCUUAAUCUCUAAAAUUAAUUUCCGCAACAACAAAUUACGGCGGUAAAACGUUGUAAAUUAGUGGGAAAAUGAGCUUUAAAGUCAUGUUGUAAAUAAGUUUGGCAGAUAAGCUUGUAAAUGGAGCUUUAGAAUGAAACUCACAUCACUUUUAAUCAACUUUAAAAAAUAAAAAUAAGUGAUUCUUGCCUCAAACAUUGUGAACUAAUUAUCUUAAUCAAAGCAAAUUUAAAACAGAUUUAAAUUCACUCAAAAACAAGUUCAAAUGUUGUGAAAUACCAUGGAAUAACAAAGUAAAAGAAAAGCAGCUUAUAAAUUAUGAAUUCCAAAGGUUUUUCGCCAAAUUACAGAUUCUAUUUUUAAUUAUGAAUUCUCAAGUUCAUUUCUUUAGCCUGACGCAGAAGAAGCCCUGAGGUCAGAGGAACGGCGACUAUUCGAUCCGAACCGUCACGUAAGUCUCAAUUUCAACUUCUGACGUCCUUUCUACAGUAUUUGUUGCACGAUCCUCACAUUUUUAAAGCAAAUUGAGCAUUCACUUAUUUUAAAGUGCAUAUCUAUGCUUUCGAACUAUGAAGAACGACUUUCCAACACAUCAUUUUGAUAUUGAUAUAUGCAAAACCCAUCGUAAUAUGCACAUUUCAGGCCUCAACCGAGUCCACGGCAUCGACGAGUUCGCUCCCGCUGGCCGAACAGAACAUCCCACGUAAGCAGGAGAUACAGAACGACAUUCGUCACAGCAAGGGCCGCUUCGAGCUCGUCAGGAAGCGCGGCCGAUCCGAUGUUUGGAACCUGUUCGGUCAGGUGGUGGACAAACAGACCGGCAACCGGCUGCCUUAUGUGGCCUGUUAUGCAUGCAAGGUGUUGUAUACGGACACGGGCGGGGGCACUGGUAAUAUGACCCGCCAUCGCUGUUCCAUGGGCAGCAGCUAUCGCACCAUCUCGAGGUAUAAUUUAUGCAAAUUGACUACUGAAUUAUACAUGACUAAGUAGAUGGUUUUCGUUCACAUACAUAAUGUCAAGGUGUUUUAUGAGAUUAGUUAAACAUUUCGACAAGAAAACACAAAAUGUAGAGAACAGAGGUCAAACUUACAAGAUUAGGUAUUCUGGUCAAGAUACUAAUAUAGCAAAUUAGAAUAUAUGAUAUUCUGGUACAUUUAGAAAUGAAAAAUCAAAGUCUAUAGCCAAAAGAGAAACCCGUUUUUUGAUUAAAACAUAACAUAAUACCUAAACAACAAAAACCUGAGCAACACAUUAAACCUAACACAAACAAUCACAACAUUAUCCUUUAGAAACGAGAACCAAGAACAAAGUGGUACCCAAUCUUCGUCCUUCGAAUCCGUGCACGGCUUCGGUCCCAGCUCUCCAGACGUGCAGGAACAGGCCGACCAUCAGCACAAUACUAUAGGAGCACGCGAAGCCUUCGCUUAUCAAGGAUAUCACGGAAGUCUGGGCAGCUCGUUAGGAUCCACCGGAUACACUUCAUCGUGUCUGUCACAUGGCUCAACUUCAAUUGAGUCAUUACCGGAAAAUCAUCGUGGCUUCUUCAGGUCCCAUUCAGCUGGACAUAGUUCCACAACUGCACCAACUACAAACACAACUAGCACACUUUUACAUCCAAACACAGCAUUACCACCCCUUCAACGAGCAGGUUCAGCUGUUGGCGUAGCCAAUCUCGGUUUAUCUACUACGAACACAAAUAUAGGAGGAAGUCGGUCGAAUGUCACCACACCAACUCCUCUACAACAGUAUCAACAUCUGAAUCCAAACCAAAAAGCAUCAACACCCAGCAGACCAGGUUCGAGUCAACAGAUAAGAGGUACGACACCAGUGCCGCCAGUAGUGAUUACUGGAGUUGGCUAUGUCUUUACUCAAGCCGACAAACAGUUGUUCGCCCAAGCUGUGCUGAAGUUUUGUGCUCAAGAUAUGCAGAACAGUGACAUUGUUGGGGUAAGAGCUUUGUUUAUUAUUAUGGUAUUAUUAUGGCAUUAGGCCAUUACAACAACUAUAAUAUCUGUUGCAUAUUUACAACCCAUAUUUAUGAAUUUACUGCACCCAUAUGCCAUUAUCCUUAAUAUGUUUGUAGGGCGAAGGCUUCAAGAAUCUAAUCGAAACGGUCCUAUUCAUCGGCCGACGUUCCCAUGGAGAUAACCACGUCUCGAACAGCUUUGAUCCGGUCAGGAAUCUAAUACCCAGUGCUCAACAAAUGCGUGAGGUUCGUGUCAGACCUUUUACAGAGAACACUUCUCAGGUUUCCCGCCAGUAAACACCUUCUACAUUACAAAGCCGUUUAAUCUGCCCCGGGGGUUUCGAAUCCGUCUAUUUACUACUUUAACAUUCCAAAACUUCUCCUUCAAAGCGUUUGCUAAUCUUCGACAAGAUUCCAAAGGAAUAUUGUCUUAUAGGACUUCUUUAGCCAAAAAGAUGUCGCUUUUGAAAAGGGCUACAUUAAUAUCCAUAGUAUACCUUUGCUAGACACAAUUAUACAUUUUCACCAGACAUUACCUAUAUUAUACUCUUUUUGCCACAUAAAUCUACUGCUGGCCAAGAUAUACAUCUAAAAGGCACACCGGUUUAAUAAGUACGUGUCUUUUGAAGCUUUCCCCUCUAGACCAGCCCUAGAUCGUCAAUAUUAUAUUGUACUUGCGGAUUAUAACCAAACAGGUGCAUGUAACGCUCUAACUUACUAUAAAGCUACAAUUUUAUAUCUAUUUACCCCUAAAACGCUUUGCUGUACCUAAAUUUACAGAAAACCCUAACUAUGUUCCUAUGUUCUAACCAAAAACCAAGACUUUACACCUCCAAAACGCCUAAUUGGAACGUUUUUUAAUAGAUAUCGUUUCCAAUAGCACGAAUUCUUAAAAUAAAUACUUACAGGUUGUUAUGGCACAAGACGAUGCCAUCAAAAGUGCAACGAAACAGGAUUUGGAGCAGAUAAAAGACAUUGGGAUCUCGCUCCUCGGCCAAACCAUAAAGUUUGGGGACGAGGAAUUCAUGUGCAUCAUGGCCGAUUAUAUUACUGAUGAAUGGCAAAUGACACAACGGCCGCUAAAGUAAGAGUUUUGGACAUAUACACAGUAAAAGUUAGAAAAAAGGGCAAAAAACAGCUGAAAAUCAGUGAAAAUUAAUAAAAUUUCGUUUUUUUUCAAAAAAUAUGGGAAAACGAAGUGCCACGAUCGAUUUUCUAUGACGUGUUUUUGAUAAAUCUUGAAUUAUAAAAAUAUUUGUAAUCACAAAACAUCAACGGGGAUUGAAAUAAAAAAUUUUAAAAAAUUUAAAAUAUUUUUUUCGGGCCCGGGCCCAAUUUUCAAGUCCGGUCCGCGGGCCGGGCCUAACCUUCGGGCCCGGCCCGUUUCAGUUUUUGCUCAAGGCCGGCCCGGCCCGAUCGUAGGGCCGGGCCGGGCCUAGACGGCCCGUUUCUCACCCCUAAAUAUUUGUUGAUUUCAGAGUGUUACCAUGUAAAAACCCUAAAAUCACGGACUUUGUACCAAUGUUGAAGGAUGUAAUAGAAGAAUACAAUAUAAAAGAUGCUCGGAAAAUACUUUUAUCUUUCUCUUCCGACCUUGAUGAUAGUAUCAAGCUCGAAGGCCUGCCGAGCAACGUCCAAGUUAUCAGAAAUGUUGUCAGAGCUCUGUCCAAGAUUGUGAAUGAAUCCUUCGAAGAGUCUCCAAAGGUCAACGAAGUCCGAGAGCUUAUCAGCACUUGCAAUAUUAUCCUUGAUUCCCUGUUUCAGAAGAAGCUGAUGUUAGAUGAGAUACCUCAAUGUUUGUUGGAGCGAAAACUCAAUCAUGAUGUCUUUUUGAAAACCGACAAGAUUUCCGAACUUUAUUUGACUUUGAAAUUCGUUCGGGAAAACCUGGGAAAGAUAGCGAAUAUUCAGGAAUUGACCGGAGGAACAGGUUGGUUAAUAUCAAUUUUAUCACUCAUCACUUCGGAAUCAAUUAAGUUUAAGAUACCAAGUUUUAUCACGAUUAAAUUGUAGUCUAAAGUGAACGUGUGCAGCAAAUUUCAUAGGUUUUAAUUGCAUUUGAAUGGUUUUCUGGAGUUUUGUAAAUUGCAGCAAAGAAAGUUCAAAUAAGAUAAUAUCAAAUAUUAUUUUUAUGAAAAAAACUACAGUGAAAUCCAUCUCUAUUGUAAGCUAAGAUGAAAACUUUGUUUUACUUUUCUUUCCUAUUGAAGUUUUACAGUAUUUUUUUCAGAAUACUUCAUGAAACUGCAGACAACCGACUGGACGUUUGUCGAAAAGGUGGAGCUGUUUUUGGAAAGCUACUACGACACUUUCAAUGAGUUUAGUGAGCAAAAAGAGUUGACUUUCCAGUCGAUUGUGCCCAACUGGUUCAACUUGCUAGACGAAUACGAACAAGUUGAUGGAGACGAUAUUCAAGUCGACGAUGUUAAGGUAGAAGAGAGUGAAGAAUGGAGUCGAUGUAUAAGGAAGAGGGCUGAAGAGAAGUUGAAGAAGUGGUCGAGAGAAAACUUGACUCAAGAGCACUAUAUGGCUACUGUAUUGAACCCGAAGAUACGAAGUUUGCAGCUGAUAUGCACUGACAUGGAAAAGUAAGUUCAAAUUGACCUCUAAAUCAAUAUAUCUGAUGUUUAAAUUGCCAAAGAAUUUGAUGGUUUAUAUAUUUGUUUAGCGAAAGAUGUCAUUUCGCACCAUCUAUAAUGUCAUUCACCAAGAUGACAUUACAAUGUGUAACUGUGUUGAUGUAGUUUGUCACUACAACAAUAUCCGCUUACAUUUACGUAAAACAAGUAUUUUAUGAGUGCGUAACGUGCCCAGAAUCCUGAAACCCUAACCCGUCGUCUUCUAAGAUUACCGUGUUUACUCAGCCAAAAAUACAUAUCCGUUUUUAGAAUCAACAUCUACUCCACCAUCAAGGACGUCAGCGGGUUGAACAAGAUACGAAGGGAACGGGAUUCGUCAUCGCACGAUGGAGAGCCGGCCAGGAAACGCAGGAACUUUCUUUCCAAGCUCGAGGACUGUGCGAUGGAGGACGACGAGUUGGAGUGUUACCUGAGGACACCGUUCGGGCAGGGUAAAAUAAGGUAAGAUUUUAAAAAAUAGAGCGAUCUACAACAAAUUUUAAAAAUAUUAACCAAGCCACAAAGUUAACUUGAAAACAUCUAUUUUUUAUCACUCCUACAAAAUACACCCCCCCUUCUUUUUUUUCACCCUUUUUAACACAAAAUGCUAUAUUAAGUUAAUGUCAUCACUUGCCCUCGUUACCGUAUUCUAUUCAUGGUAAAAAUAGGUAUAAUCAAACAUAAGUACGUAGUAAACUUAUUUUUACCUGUAAAUAGAUGCAGGUGUUCGUCUACGUGUCUUACUGCGUCAAGUUCGACGCUGUUUAUGACAUUACCUUGCAAUCCCGUGGUAUUUACAGAAAGUUGGACUUUUAGGAAAAUUUGAUUAUUUUUUGUAAAAUUUAAAUUUUUUAAUGGUCUUUAGGAUGAUUUAAUUUAAAAAUUAUGUUACAGUAGUCUUAAAGUGCAUAUUUUGUGAUUCAGUAUUGAAAAUACAGCUUAAAGCUGGUUAUACUACAAAUUAAAAUAAAGUAAAAUAAUCCACUUCGCCAAUUAGCAUAGUUAGAAAUUACAAUAUAUUUAACUAUACGGUAGAGUUAUUGUAGCUUUUAAAAAUAUUACUAAUAAACCCCAAUUUUACCGUAAUAAAGCUGAUAUAGUUAUAGAUCUUUGCUCGAGUUCUGGUCCACCUUUGGAGAGACUAACUUCCCAAAACUCUCGAGGUUCGGCCGCUUCAUCCUUGGUGUACAAGAUGUGUCCAGACCUUUGCAUAUUAACCUUCCUUCGACCAAACUGACGGCUGAACAGAUUGGCACUUUCCUCAAAUUACGGUAAUUAUUGUAGCCAGUCUUUGUGAAUAUUCAAAUUCAGGCCAGAAGUCUCGAGUACCGUCGGCCGUCCUCUACCCAGGCUCUAA